UUGGAGAAGCUUCUGGUACAAGCAAUUUUCGACCUCUAUUUUUUCUCUCCUCCCUUUCCUCUCCUCAUCUUUCCCAUCAUCAACCCGUGUUUUUAUACCCAAUAGCGAAAUCCCAUACCGAGGUUCGACUUUGAAUCACUCACUGCACGACUCUCCUUUUUGUACACUUACUGUUGAAACUUGUGUUUUUAUUCUACCGUUUUCUUUCUCCCGAUCUUAAUACACAUACCACACACACACAAUGCAGCGCGCACUUAGCAGCAGGACUAGGACUUCGGCCCUGAGGUCCUCGGCCGCCGCCGCAAAGUUCAGGCCCGGCGCCGGUCUGUCGCAGCAGCUUCGUUUUGCCCACAAGGAGCUUAAAUUUGGUGUUGAGGGACGCGCUGCUCUCCUGGCUGGUGUCGACACUCUGGCCAAGGCCGUCUCAACGACGCUGGGUCCCAAGGGCCGCAACGUCCUGAUCGAGUCCAGCUAUGGCUCGCCCAAGAUUACCAAGGAUGGUGUGACCGUCGCAAAGGCCAUUACCCUCAAGGACAAGUUCGAGAACCUUGGUGCCAAGCUCCUCCAGGACGUCGCGUCCAAGACCAACGAGGUCGCCGGUGACGGUACCACCUCGGCCACCGUCCUCGCUCGCGCCAUCUUCUCCGAGACCGUCAAGAACGUUGCCGCUGGCUGCAACCCCAUGGAUCUCCGCCGCGGUAUCCAGGCUGCCGUCGACGCCGUCAUCGAGUUCCUGCACAAGCAGAAACGCGACAUCACCAGCGCUGAGGAGGUUGCCCAGGUCGCCACCAUCUCGGCCAACGGCGACGUGCACGUCGGCAAGAUGAUUGCCAACGCCAUGGAGAAGGUCGGCAAGGAGGGUGUCAUCACCGUCAAGGAGGGCAAGACCCUGGUUGACGAGCUCGAGGUUACCGAGGGUAUGAGGUUCGACCGCGGCUUCGUGUCGCCGUACUUCAUCACCGAUGCCAAGGCUCAGAAGGUUGAGUUCGAGAAGCCCCUGAUUCUGCUGUCAGAGAAGAAGAUCUCGGCUGUCCAGGACAUCAUCCCCGCCCUUGAGAUCUCGACCCAGACCCGCAGGCCGCUUGUCAUCAUCGCCGAGGACAUUGAGGGCGAGGCUCUGGCUGUCUGUAUUCUGAACAAGCUCCGCGGCCAGCUCCAGGUCGCUGCCGUCAAGGCCCCCGGCUUCGGUGACAACCGCAAGUCGAUCCUCGGCGACAUUGCUGUUCUCACCAACGGUACCGUCUUCACUGAUGAGCUUGACGUCAAGCUGGAGAAGGCUACCAUUGACAUGCUCGGCUCCACCGGAUCCAUCACCAUCACCAAGGAGGACACCAUUGUCCUUAACGGCGAGGGCAGCAAGGACAUGAUCACCCAGAGGUGCGAGCAGAUCCGUGGUGUUAUGGCUGACCCAACCACCUCGGAGUACGAGAAGGAGAAGCUCCAGGAGCGUCUGGCCAAGCUCUCGGGCGGUGUUGCCGUCAUCAAGGUCGGCGGCUCUUCUGAGGUCGAGGUCGGUGAGAAGAAGGACCGCUUCGUCGAUGCCCUUAACGCCACCCGCGCCGCCGUCGAGGAGGGUAUCCUGCCCGGUGGUGGUACCGCUCUGCUCAAGGCUGCCAGCCAGGCCCUGGGCGACGUCAAGUCGGCCAACUUCGACCAGCAGCUCGGUGUCAGCAUCAUCAAGAACGCCAUCACCCGCCCUGCCAGGACGAUCGUCGAGAACGCCGGUCUUGAGGGCUCCGUUAUUGUUGGCAAGCUCAUGGACGAGUUCGGCUCCGACUUCCGCAAGGGCUACGAUGCCGCCAAGGGCGAGUACGUCGACAUGAUCGAUGCCGGUAUCGUCGACCCCCUGAAGGUCGUCCGCACCGGUCUCCUUGACGCCAGCGGUGUCGCCUCGCUUCUGGGUACCACCGAGGUUGCCAUCGUUGAGGCUCCCGAGGAGAAGGGUCCUGCCGGCGGCAUGGGUGGUAUGGGAGGCAUGGGUGGCAUGGGCGGCAUGGGUGGCAUGAUGUAAGAGCUGCCUCCGCCUGAAGAGAGUUAGUAGGCUGGGGCGAAUCGCGACCAGCCGUGUGUUUCUUUGUAACAAUACCACGCGAACUCGGAUAUCCCUGUGUGCGCAAAGGGAAUGUAUAUGGGGGAUCUCCAAAAAUCGGUGUUGUGAGUUUUGCAUUUGUCUUGUCAUGCUUACAGGAAGGUCUACGAAGCUGAUCUCCCUCACCUCCAUUCAUCUCCCCUCCCCACGAAAUUUUCCUCAUACACAAUCCUCUCAUAUAAACUGUUAAUUAGUUGCCUGAAGAGGCUUCUGGGAUUUCUCAGAAACAACUGUACAAUAGUCUGGUUCCUUGGGCUGAGCCAGGGGUGUAGAUAAAAGAAGAUACCUACCUUGUUUGUCA